CUUCUUCCUUUUAUAUCUCUUAUUACUGCCUCUUUUUUUUAUUUAUUUAUUUAUUUUUUAAUUAUCAUUAUUGGAAAAAUAAAUAAAAAUUAUAUGCAAAUCGAUUUUUUAAGCUCAAAUAGAUGGAAAUUUUAAUAAAAAAAUGAAUAUCACAGAAUUACUUAUUCCAGAACAUAUGCUAGCUUCUAAUUCAACUAGUAUCAAGUCUAAUAGUUUAAAUGAAACGAAUCGUAAAAUAGUAGAAAAAGACUUCAAGAAAAAAUCUAUUCAUGAUGACGAGUUGAUGAAUCUAUGGAAAUUAGCUUUAGAAAAAGCCGGCUUUAAAACAAAAUUGACAAGUGACCGUAAUUCACUCACAGAUGCUAUUCUUUCACCUAUUAGGAGUUCAAAAUUUAUGAAUGAAAUACCUGUUCAUAUCAAGGUGAUUGGUAGACACAUGAAUGGUUCUUUUCGAUGUCAUAUUGGUACAAGUAAAGCAUCUCGUCCUAUUCAAUCUAUUGAAUUAUGUCGUCAAAUGAGACUUCUUGCAGUCUUCUUUAGAACAGAGAAUGCAAAGAGUCAAUUAAUUUCACCAGAAUUUAUCUUUUUCCCUACUUGGCUUCUUCAUUUAUUCCGAUAUACUCAAUAUGAAUCUACACCAGGUAGAACAGAUGUUCGAUUUCUUGAAAAUGCAAAUAUGGCUAAAGAAGAUCACAUCUAUCGUCUUAAUUAUGUUUUAAACACUUUAUUUAGAUUUAACAUUCAUGACUUUGAUCCUCGCAAGAUGAGAUCUGCUAUUGAACUAUCUAAUUUCCUGUUUGAUGUCGCUGGUCUUGAUUACAAGAAUUUACCAAGACCUAUCUUUUUUAAUGAACUGUCAUAUCAUUAUUCUCAACAGCCUAUCAUGUAUUCUGCUUUACUCUUACUUCUUCACUCUCCUCGUCCAACAAAGUUUAAACCCAUGUGCUUUAAUUGCAAUGCAAAACCUGCUUCUCGUCGUCGUUUAUGUGUUGCCUGUUAUCGUUAUCAACUUAAACAUGGUCAACCUAGACCUUUACGUUUAAUUGUUGCCAAUCGUCCUGGUCCACGCAUGUCUACUACUACUGCUAAUAAUAAUAAUAAGAAUAGCACAGACUCACAAGAAAAGUCGAUACAUAAAAGUAAUCUACCCAUGGUCUUUUAUUCUCCUAAAUCAUCUACACCACGUACACAAAAAUAUUGUGCAAAUUGUAAAGUAACUGAAACCCAUCAAUGGUAUCGUAACUUAUGUGGUCAUGGAAACUGGUGUGAAACCUGUAAGAGUUACUAUUUGCGUCAUACUAAAGUGAGACCACCUGAACUCUUUGUAAAGGCAGCGAAAAGAAAAGUAGAUGUUCGCUCAUUGGUCAAUUGGAAUACCUGGUCUUGGGAUGAUAUUCCUACUGAAACUGUUGAAGCAGCUACUGCAGCUAUUUUAUCAGAUAAUUUUAUGAUUUCAACAACUUCUAUGAAUACUAUAAAUAGUCCUACAAGCAGUAUUACCUCUUCUUCUUCUUCUUCCUCCUCUUUUUCAUCUUAUCCAACAACUCCACCUUUUCAAUAUUAUGAUUCCCAAAGAAGGACAUCUCUUUAUUCAACAUCCAGUUCUUCUUCUUCUUCUCUCUGGUAAAACCAAUUGUAAGCUUUAUGUAUUUUCCAUUCCUUUUCUUAUGCAUAUUUUAUAUGUAAAAAAA